UCAGGCUGGUGGGCGGGACUGACCUGUGCUCUGGGAGAGUAGAGGUGCAUCAUGGGAGCUCCUGGGGCACGGUGUGUGAUGCUGACUUUGACCAGCAGGACGCAGAGGUUGUGUGCAGGGAGCUGGGCUGUGGGGCUCCUAAAGAGCUGCGCGGGGCAGCUGCAUUCGGCCAGGGCGAGGGCCAGGUGUGGGCAGAGGAGAUUCAGUGCAGAGGCAACGAAUCUCAGAUUAACUUCUGCCCCACUGCACCCUCACAGAAUCAACCCUGCUCCCAUGGAAACAAUGUGGGCCUGGUGUGUUCUGACAGUAUAAGGCUGGUGAAUGGUAGCAGCCCCUGUGCUGGGAGAGUGGAGGUUUACCAUCAGGGAGAGUGGGGGACAGUGUGUGAUGAUGGCUGGGACCUGAAGGAUGCUGUGGUGGUGUGCAGACAGCUGGGCUGUGGAGAUGCUGUAGAUGCACUAGGAGAUGCUCACUUUGGACCAGGGUCUGGGAGAAUAUGGAUGGCUUAUGUGUCCUGCAGUGGAUCAAAAUCCUCACUGAAGCAGUGUGAGUCACUAGGAUGGGGUAAACAUCGCUGUAAUCAUGGAGAGGAUGCUGGAGUGAUCUGCUCAGAGGUCAGGCUGGUGGGCGGGACUGACCUGUGCUCUGGGAGAGUAGAGGUGCAUCAUGGGAGCUCCUGGGGCACGGUGUGUGAUGCUGACUUUGACCAGCAGGACGCAGAGGUUGUGUGCAGGGAGCUGGGCUGUGGGGCUCCUAAAGAGCUGCGCGGGGCAGCUGCAUUCGGCCAGGGCGAGGGCCAGGUGUGGGCAGAGGAGAUUCAGUGCAGAGGCAACGAAUCUCAGAUUAACUUCUGCCCCACUGCAGCCUCACAGAAUCAACCCUGCUCCCAUGGAAACGAUGUGAGCCUGGUGUGUUCUGACAGUAUAAGGCUGGUGAAUGGUAGCAGCCCCUGUGCUGGGAGAGUGGAGGUUUACCGUGAUGGAGAGUGGGGGAGAGUGUGUGACCGUGGCUGGGACCUGAGGGAUGCUGUGGUGGUGUGCAGACAGCUGGGCUGUGGAGAUGCUGUAGAUGCACUAAGAGAGGCUCACUUUGGACCAGGGUCUGGGACAAUAUGGAUGGGUCCUGUGUCCUGCAGUGGAUCAGAAUCCUCACUGAAGCAGUGUGGGUCACAAGGAUGGGGUAAACAUCGCUGUAAUCAUGGAGAGGAUGCUGGAGUGAUCUGCUCAGAGACACCCCAGGCUGUCUUGACGGUCUCUCCACAUGGGCGGAUAUAUAGAGGACAAGCUGUCAGUCUCUCUUGUGAGGUCUCAGUGCCCUCUGCUGGCUGGGAAUAUUACUGGUACAAAGGAGAUGGAUCAAGUGGCACUGCCCUCAUUGCCAGUACAGCUGAAGGCUCGUACACCCUCAGUGCUGCAGCUCUUGCACACACCGGGGAGUACAGCUGCAGAGCAGGGAGGAGCAACCCAGUCUGGUACACAGAGUACAGUCACCCUGUCUACAUACAGGUAACAGGCAGAGUGAUGUGUGGUCUGGGUGCUGCUCCUCUCCUGCUGGCCACCAUUGUACUGUGUGUGAAAUGGUACAGGAGACCAGGGCCGUCUACUGAAACAGCUGUCCGCUACACUGGAGGGAAUGUGGAAAUUGCCAUAUAAAACACACAGAGGCUGGGUCCGUGUACUCAUGUGAAAUGAGAAUGAAGUCUGAGAGCUCAGGACUCUUUUUUCAUCAUUGUGAUGUUUCUCAGCUUGCAGGAGGGGAAAUUGGGGGUGCAGUCAUGGGGGCAUUUUAGGGUAUGGGAACAGGAAGAUGUGUCUUUAGAGCUGGGCUGCACUUUUGAUCUUUGUGUAGUUAGUUUGCUUUGAUUGCUGUAUGUUUGUUCUAGGUUAGGUCACUGAACUUAAAUUGCAGUAAAUUGCAGUAAAUUGACAAAUUGACUGAAAAUGAAUAUGUAUGUCACCAUGUGUCUGUAUGUAUUAAAUUGGACAGAUGUUAAA